CGGAAUUUCAUCACACACAUUCACUUGGAGUUCAUUUUCAGACCUGGAUUUUGUAUUCCUUUAUUCGCUAAAAUGUUUCAAGGGUGGUCUCUUGCCCUGCAUCUAGUUCUGCUGUGCUGGCUGGCCGCUGCCCUGCAGGUUAUAGAAGAGCGAGGCUCAGGAAGUCAUCUGGACCUGACAGAGUUAAUUGGCGUUCCCCUCCCUCCCUCCGUCUCCUUCACUCCUGGCUAUCAGGGCUUUCCAGCCUACAAAUUUGAUCCCGAAGCCAACAUCGGCCGGCUCACCAAGACCUUCGUGCCAGGGACCUUCUACAGGGACUUUGCCAUCAUUGUCACGGUGCGUCCAGCCACUCAGAGAGGAGGCGUGCUCUUUGCCAUCACAGAUACCCAUCAGAAGGUGGUGGAGCUGGGUUUGGCCCUUACUCCGGUGCGUGGGGGCCUCCAAAGCAUCUUACUAUACUACACUGACAGAGAGCAAUCUUCCCACAGCCACAAAGCUGCUUCUUUUAGUGUCCCAGACAUGACCGACCAGUGGACACGAUUCACGGUGGUGGUGGAGCAUGACGAGGUGCGUCUCUACAUGGACUGUGGAGAUGGUGAGAGGGCUACUUUGCAUCGGAGAUCAGAAAGACUAAACUUCUCGCGCAAUUCCGGCAUUUUUGUAGCUAAUGCAGGAAACACUGGGCUUGACAAGUUUGUGGGAUCCAUUCAGCAGUUGGUGAUUAAAGAUGAUCCCAGAGCAGCUGAGGAGCAGUGUGAAGACGAUGAUCCUUAUGCCUCGGGAUACACCAGUGGAGAUGAUGCUUUGGAUGACAGAGAGACAGAGGAGGAAAUGAUGAAGAACACACACGAUAAAAAACAUGACACAGCACAGGAGGAGGAGGACAGUGUUCCAGUCAGAGCUCCGCCCACUGAGGUGCCAGAGGUGGAGCUUGAGGAGUACUCCGGUCACCAGACCCCAACUGAGGCCAGUGAAGAGAGGCUGAUGAGAGGGCGGACAGAGGAGCCAGGGGAGAGAUCAGGAGAUGGUCAUGUCAGGCAUGGGUUAAAAGGAGAGCGUGGAGAUCCUGGACCCAGAGGUCCACCUGGCCCACCUGGUCACCCAGGCCCCACCCCUCAGUGGAAAGCUCAGCCUGGACCAAGAGGCACACAAGGACCACCAGGAAUCCCUGGAUCCCCAGGACUGCCAGGGAAAGAUGGACAAGCGGGAAUCAAGGGGGAUAAAGGAGAUCCAGGUCAGAGAGGAUCUCAGGGAUUUUCAGGUUUGGAUGGGGAAGCUGGAGGUAAAGGAGAGAAGGGAGACCCAGGAGUUGGUGCACCAGGCCCUCCCGGCCUCCCUGGGCCUCCUGGACCCCCCAGAUCACGCAGUGUACCGUAUGGAGCAGAUGCCCUGGGUUCUGGGUUUGAAGACCUGGACAGCGACACUGAACUCAUCAGGGGUCUUCCUGGUCCACCAGGGCCUCCAGGGCCUCCAGGGCCCCCAGGACGUCCUGAUGCUGGUGGUACCGGAAACCUGUCAUCAUCUGACACAUCUGAAGGCUUCUCUCCAGGGCUUGCUGGACCACCCGGUACCCCUGGCAGAGACGGGCUCCCAGGCAGACCUGGAAUACCAGGGCCUGCAGGAAAAGAUGGCGCUCCAGGUCUCCCAGGAGCUGUCGGAGAGAAGGGUAACCAAGGGUUAUCUGGGCCACCUGGACCUAAGGGUGAAUGUGGGUCUGUGGGUACAACAGGGUCCUCAGGGCCACCAGGGCCAAGUGGUCCACAGGGGAAGAGAGGCCCAUCAGGUCCCCCAGGACCCCCUGGCCCUCCCGGACCUCCAGCAACCAAAUUCUUUGUAGAGGAUAUGGAGGGAUCUGGGAAGACUGACAUGCUUAUUGGAGCUGGAGUCAGAGGCCCACAGGGUCCCCCUGGCAUACCUGGCCCACAGGGACCUAAGGGUGAGGAUGGAGCCACAGGUGCUCCAGGGCUUUCUGUCAAGGGUGAGCCAGGAGACCCAGGACCAGAGGGUAUUCCAGGUCCUGCUGGACUACCAGGUGCUAGGGGGGCCAAAGGAGAAAAAGGCAAUGAAGGACCCAAGGGUGAUCGAGGUGUUGAUGGACUCAGUAUCCCAGGACCACCUGGGCUUCCUGGACCUCCUGGACCUGUCAUUAAUCUGCCAGAUCUGCUGCUCAACGUUACAGACGGUAUCUUCAACUUCACAGAGAUCAGAGGACCACCAGGGCCCAUGGGCCCUGAAGGCUUGCCUGGCAGAGCUGGAUUUCCUGGCCCCAGAGGACCGAAGGGAGACAUUGGCCCUCCAGGUGUCCAAGGACCCGCAGGGUACAAGGGAGAGAAGGGAGAGCCAGGGGUGACAAUUGCUGCUGAUGGAUCCCUCUUAUCAGCACCAAAAGGCCCCCAGGGGCCCAAAGGCAUCAAGGGUGACCGAGGGUUCCCUGGACCUGCUGGACUUAUGGGCCCAAUAGGACCAUUUGGACAAAAAGGAGAAUAUGGUUUCCCCGGUCGCCCUGGCCGAUCUGGUAUGCCUGGGAGGAAAGGGGACAAAGGAGAUGCUGUCGGCCUACCGGGACCCCCAGGUCCUCCGGGCCCAGCUGGACAGCCAGGAAAAAUUAUUGGGCUGAAAGGAACAGUGUUUCCGGUGCGCCCCAGACCGCACUGCAAAAAGGGACGAGAGCCAAUGAGACGGGAAGAGUUAGCUAAAGGAGACAAAGGAGAUGUGGGAAUACCUGGAGAGCCUGCACCCGGGUUUCCAGAUGGAAUUGUGGGUGCAAGAGGUGAUCAGGGAUACAAAGGUCAGAAGGGAGAGAAGGGUGAGGAUGGUCUGCCUGGUCCUCCAGGACUGCCUGGGAGGUCAGGACUUGUGGGUCCAAAAGGGGAGUCGAUCGUGGGUCCUCUAGGACCUGUUGGUCCUGUGGGCGAGCCUGGGGCCCCUGGGUUCGGACGACCUGGUCCCAGAGGGCCGCCUGGUCCUGCUGGACCCCCAGGACCUGCACCCGCAUAUGGAUCUGGUGUCAGUAUCCCCGGCCCUCCUGGUCCUGCCGGCCCACCGGGAUCUCCAGGAUAUGCCAAUCCGGUAAGUAUCUAUAAGACGAGCCACUCUCUGAGCAGAGAUACUCACCGGGCUGCAGAGGGAACCUUCGCCUACGUGUCUGAGAAGGGAGGAGAGCUCUAUAUCAGAGCGCGCAACGGCUGGCGCAAGAUCCAGCUCGGAGAGUUAAUCCAUUCGGGACCUUCCCCCUCAGCAGCGUCUCAGACCCUCAGCAGAACACUAGAGACCCGACCACACAGGAUCCACAGCCAGGAGCUUCAAGAGGGCAGUCGAGGAUAUCAGCCCAGCUAUAAUGUACUACCACAGACCUUCAACGCUGUACCUGGGCUCCAUCUGGUAGCAUUGAACACCCCGCUGAAAGGGGACAUGCGUGGCAUCCGUGGGGCAGACUUCCAGUGCUACCAGCAGGCCCGCUCCAUGGGGCUAACAGCCACCUACAGGGCCUUCCUGUCCUCACACCUCCAGGACCUGUCAACCAUCGUGAGGAAGGUGGAUCGCAAUGACAUGCCCGUAGUUAACCUCAGGGGUGAAGUGCUGUUCAGUAGUUGGAUGUCCAUCUUCUCUGGGAAUGGAGGCACAUUUGACCCCUUCACACCCAUCUACUCCUUUGACGGACGCAACGUGAUGACGGACUCAGCGUGGCCAGAGAAGCUGGUAUGGCACGGCUCCAAUACGGUGGGCAUCCGUGUGACCACUAACUACUGCGAGGCGUGGAGGACGGCUGACAUGGCGGUGACGGGCCAAGCUGCGCUGCUGCAGACAGGACGACUGUUAGGACAACACACCCGCUCCUGCUCCAACCACUACAUAGUGCUGUGUAUAGAGAACACAUAUGUGGGGAACACGCAUCAAAGGAGGACCUGAGGAGACCGAGGAAACACACACACACACACACACGUUAACACACAUGCAGGCGUGCUGAAAGUGCAAGAGUAGAAAAUGUGACACAGUGUCACACACAUUUUCAUUCGAAUGGGAAACACAUGCAGGCACAUGCACACAUUAUGAUGACAUAUCACUGCAUUUAAAAAUUACUUUCAAUUACACAGACAAAAGGCACUUUUGUUUAUACAUGCAGAGAAAAUACACCCACGUCACAUGCAAAAGCAUGCGCCUACACUCGAGAACACAUGCAACGUGCACACACAUUUGAGUUCCUUUCACUUUGUUUAGUUUCAUCUUUACUUUGUGGGUAAUCCAACAAUUUAUUAUGUUGCCAUGCAUCCGUCCUAGUCAAAUUUUGUAUUAUUUAUAUGCACUAUGAAUAUGUAACAGCACAGAAUCAUCACACAGGACAUGUACAGUACAGUAUGUGUUGUUGAAGUGAGAGAUGACUCUGGCUAUCAGGUUCUGACACAAGCUGAUCUGAGAAGAAAUGAAUAACUUAACAGAUCAUUCCCCUUAACUGCAAAUCGGUUCUACUUUAUAUUUUUUGCUGAUCAUUUUCCAAUGUAUGUCAUAGUCUUAGAUUUUUUUUUUCUUAAUAUUUUUCCUACAGUUCCAUGCAGCCAUUGGUUUCCAUCCAUUUCCCCACAGUAUCAAGUCUGCAUUAGAGUUCUUUUCAGUGUAAUAUUACUGUUGCAUGGUGAUGCAGUUUAGGUGUGGCCAGACCCUACAGGCAAAAACAUUUAUUUUUCAUGCCCUGGUCAAUUUUAAAGUUGUUGGGCUAUUUUGCUUCCAUAAUCUGUUUUUUUUUCAGACUAGUGGAAAGAAAUACACAUUUAGGUGUUUAUUUUACUACAUUUUGUCAAUUUGCAUGUGCAGAUUGUUUUCAGAAGGGUGUUGUUUUCUCAAAAAAUAUUCUCAUACUCUGAGCAGAAAUCUCCACUUCAGUAGUACUUACACAUCACACAUUCCAGCUGCAUUCCUAUUUUCUGAAAGGUUUUACAGAGUAGUCUGUAAUAAUAAUCAUUCAUAGCCUGAUUUAUAUCAGAUUUUAUUUAAAAAAAUAUGGAUUUGUGAGUGAUAAAAAGAGAGGGAAAAUUCCCUCUGUAAAACCCUUUGACUCUAAUAUGUCAACACAAUGAAAGAAGAAUUUUGAACCUGGCUUUGUCCAAUGUUUACAUUUCUGUUCUGGAAUUAUGGAUUUAUGCAAAUGAGCGCAUAUUUCAUUAUAUAAUGCAUAAUUUGCAUAUUUAAACAUUCCAUUAAAAAAAAUUGUCAUACAAAAAAAAUAAAUCUCGUCUUAAUGUAAGUAAUCAACUCGGGAAGUUUCAUGAUACCUAUUAGUCCAAAUGUGUACACUAUUCACCUGUCGUGUCUUGGAUUACCUCGGAACAAUAAAUUCUGACAAAAGUAAAGUAGACUUGAUGUUCACUGUGAUGAAUUAAACACCUAAAACAAAUCAACAUGUAGGGAAAGAGAUCAAACCUGGCUGGUUAGAACCGUAAAACAUGCAUUGGAAUGUCUUAAACAAACAGCAAGGAUUUUUGAUUAGUAGUAAAUGGGACUAUGGGCGUUUGAGUAAAUAUGGUCCAUUUACAAAUUUCCAUUUGUGUUCGUGUGUGUCAUUUAGGAUGGUGAUUUCUAGGCAAGGGAUGAGGCUGGCAACAUUUUAUAUUUCUGAUAUGGUCAACAAACCUAGUGAAAAGACCAAAAACAGCUGGUCACUGCAGUUUUUAGCCAACACCAAUUAAACAGGAGGAAAUAGAGUGUUUGUUUGGGACUAUUUUUCAGUGGUGGAUUAAUAAACAUUUGGUGCAUCCGCAGAACGAUGUAUGUGUGAUUGAGUCAAAAUGAACUACAGUGUGUGUUCAUGGUAAUGAAGGAACAUGUCACCCAGUGCAACUCAUUGAUGUGUUUUUAAUAGUUUUUGG